AUGCCCACAGCGCCCCCCAAAUGCCUCCGCGAGUCUCUUCGUCGUGACAUGGGACGAAAUCUCAGGCAAGACGAAGAGCUCGAAAGCCCCCGGUGCCCCCAGAUGCCCACACGAGUCUCUUCAUCGGAACAUGGGGAAAACCCAAGCCAAGAGCUCGAAGGCCCCCCGGAUACCUGCAGUGCCCCCAGAUACCCAAAAGAGUCUCUUCGUCGUGACCUCAGGCAAAAGCCCAAGACCACAACAACGAAGAGCUCGAAAGCCCUCAGCUGCCCAAAAUACCCCAGAUACCCACAAUUCCCCCAGUGCCCACAAGCCCACAAAGAUCUUCUCAUUCUCUUCAUGAUGGCCUCGGACCCAAAGGUCCCAAACCAAAACGAAGAGAAAUCAAAAAUUAAACGGCCCAGAAAGUCCGAAGACUUUCUGACAGAAGCUCGCCCCCGCGAUGUGCAAUGGGGGGUUUGCGUUCUGGAUCUCUGGUAA